UUGUGUUGUGUAGGCAGAAGCGAAAUAAACAUACAAAAAUGCGAGCUAACUCGACGAGAUCCUUAUCCUGGCACAUCCUGCUCGGACUUUGCCUAUGUCUCCUGCAGAACCUCCACCCAUCACUUGGCCAAGAUGCAGUGCAUCCUAGCGAAGACUUGAACCCAAGCACUGGUCGUAGUCAGUCGGCGAAUAGUGUAUCAUACUUUAAGGCGUCCAUUCCAAUGAGAAUCUACGAGUGUCUGCGGGAGUUCACCAUGCUACACUGCACGAAAUUGUACGUUCUGCAGAAAAUGGAGGAGCGCCGCCAGAUGCCAAACAGUGGAAAUCUCACCCGCGACUUUGUGGAUCAGUUCUUCGGGGACGAGACACAGAUGGGCAGCCUGGUGGGCAAGAAGUACCACAAAAUGUCCGAAAAGGAGCUCAACCAGCGGCUGGUUGUUAAUUUUCAGCGAUUCUUUAAGCAUCGUGAUCUCAAGAUGCAUAUCCUGCCCGGAAUGCUGGUGAAGAUUGUGCCCAGCAAGGACAACAAACUGAAGUUCUCGAUCAAGAAGGCACCCAAAUCCCGGAUGGGUCGUUCCCGAAGACGUGAGACCGAAGAAAUGGACCUGCCCCUUAUUAAUAUUCCGUCCAUCGGUGGGGGUGGUGCCAAUAGUGGAAGUGUGGAGACCUACGAACCGGAAGCGGAAGGAGAUUCCAAGCAGCAGGGGCUAUUGGGGGGCGGAGGAGGCGUGGCCGGUGGCGAGGGGGGCGGCGGAGGCAUUCUGGGCAAGCGCAAGAAAAAGAACUCGUACAAGGUGACCAUGAUGCAGGUGGCGGUGCCCAUGCUGAUCUUCCCCGUCGUCCUGCUUGGCAGUCUCCUGCCCUUCAUCCUGCCCGCCCUUAAGAUGGCCACCAUCCUGUCGCUGGUGAUGAACAAUGGCGCCUUUAUGGCAGCUUUACUGUAUGCCGCCCGUACCCAGUUCAACACCCACGAGGAGCAGCACAUCAGCUACAGUUAGCUCCCGCAUUAGUGUCCAUCCUUCGAUCAUUUUCCAUUAAAUGCCUCUUUCUUUGCUUCAUUAUUUCCAUGUGUGUGGAAAAAAAAAAUAAAAAAAAAAUAU